UUUAGGGAACGCAAAUCGCACAACUUACUAGAUCUCUGGUGACUGAGUGCUGAGCGGUUGGUACAAUGUGGCUUCUUCUUGCGUUGUCAGCCUGCUUUCUGAGAGUUUCAUCAUCCUGCGAGUUUGAGCCAUCAUCCCCUCUAGAGACCGGGAUAGUCUGCAGGUUGACGAAGCCGGCCGCCUUGGUGUUGAAUGAGAAGACUACAGAAGUAAUCCAGGCUGCCUUUAGACAUGCAACGUUCCCAAACAUCACCGGAGAGAAGGCUGUCCGCUUCCUUGGGGGAGUCAACUAUGGUCUAACCAAUAUCCAGGUCAACGAUCUGUCCAUUGAGAACAGUGAGGUGGAGCUGAAGAGUGAUGAGGCAGUGGACAUCGCGAUCAAAAAUGUUAGCGCAACUUUUAAAGGAGUUCUCCAUUAUGGAUAUGGGGCCUGGUUUGUAAAUGUUCAACAGUCUAUUGAUUUUGAAAUCUAUACCUCAACUGAUCUGCAAGUGAACACCAAACUAGGCUGUGGGAAAAAUCAUGUUGCCGCUGACACAUCUGACUGUUACCUGUCGUUUCAUAAACUGGAUUUAUACCUCCAUGGAAACAAGCAACCUGGAUGGCUGAAACAGCUUUUUACCGACUUUAUUUCAUUCUCACUAAAACUUGUUCUUAAAAGUCAGAUUUGUAAAGAAAUUAAUUAUGUGGCCAAUUUUCUGGCUGACUUUAUUCAGGACAGAGCAAUAGACUUUUUGAGCGUUGGAGAUAUUCGAGUAAAUAUUGAUGUAACAUCCUUUCCGGUCAUAAACGAUAACUACGUGGAGUCUCAUCAUAAGGGUUUCUUGGAAUACAAGAACCAUAGUGUUUAUUAUAACAGCUCCAUAUAUACACCCUCCAUGCUGACAGAAGACAGGAUGCUCUACUUCUGGUUUUCAGAGCAGGUCCUGGACUAUUUAGUGCUGGGCUACUACCUUGAUGAACGACUGGUCCUGACAUUGACAGGUGCUGAGCUAAAGGAGAUCUUUAAGGAUGACAAUACAGAAUCACAUCAGCAAAUCAUCAAUGAGAUCCUCCAAGACCUUCCAAUGGAAAACACUGUGGCCAAAGUAUGGAGCCUCACCAGACCUCGGAUCACAUUCAGACCAAAGGGGACAAUUGUUGAAGCGUCUGUAGCUGUCCGAAUAGAUGUAUCUCCCACCGAAGAAUUAUAUUUUCAAGUAGAAACUCUCACAACAGUUCAGACUUCAUAUGGUGAUAAGAAACUUACACUUUCCCCAACGGAUUCCGUAGUUCAAGUAACAGACUUCAGGAGCUCAUUGGCACUAAGUCAGAAUGAAGAAGCUGUGAGACUGUUUCUCCAGAACACCGUGGCUAACUUUGGAAUUCCAGCUGUUGUAAAACGCUUGGGACCAGCUUUGACAUCACUGAUGAACACCAAAGGCCUAAGUUUAUUUGAAAUUAUAAAUCCUGAAGUCGUACCACACGAGGGAUACUUAAUAGUCCGACUGGAUUUUGGAUUUCCUCAUCAUUUGCUUGUAGACUUCCUGAAAAAGGCUCUGUAGAAGACAACGUAGCAGAGAACUUAUCCAUCAUCACCAUGCCAUUGGGAUAAAAGAAAAUGGAUAAUGUUAUCUUUUGUUAAAAUGACUAAACAAUAAACGCAUUUGAAUGCAAUAUUUCCAUCCA